UUUCAUCUUGUUUAGCUCAUUUCAAUAUUUUUUUAUCAAUCCAAACAAUAAAAUAUAAUAUGUUACUAAUUUAAUGUUAAAAAUGGACGGAAAAGUACACCGUUAAAAUUAACCGGAAGAAAUACAACGACUGUCGUCACCAAACUAAACCCCCAAAACCCUUCUUCGCCUGCUCCUUCUACCUCACUUCAACAAAAUGGCAUCAAAAAAACCAUGGAGAAUCAUUCCAAGACCCCUCCUAGAAACAAUCCUCAACAACCACGCGCAACACCACCGAGUCCACCAACCACUCCUCCUCCACGGCCCUCGCGGCGUCGGUAAAACCACCCUCAUUCUCGAACGUCUACUCAACGACUGGAACAAAACCCCUCACAUCACCGGUUACGUCGAUUUCGCCGAAUCCAUUAAACCCCAAACCAGCCCAUCCCUUCCAUGGGCCUCAUGGUCCACCUCCCCACCUCCCACUCUCUCCGAUUGCCGCAAAAGCCUCGACCAAUGUCUAGAAGCCAUGGCCGAGAAAGCUCUCCGAAUGGGCGCCAUUACUUCUCGACAGAUAUUCAAUUCUCUCAACAAAUGGCACGGCCUCAGUGGUUCCCUUCGGCGCGUGUUGAACACUCCAGCUUCUAAAGGCUCCCCCGCCGUGCUGUGGGACCGUGCGGUUUUAGCGAUGUCGAGUCAGUGUAAUGCUGAUGAGGUUGAUAGGGUUUUGGGAUACGGGGAGAAUGAGAAGAAUGUUUUGUCUGUUGAGGAGGCUUCGUAUUUCAAGGAAUCUGUGGUUGCGUUGAAGUUAGCGAAGAAAGUUAUUGAGAUGCAGCAAGGAUGGAGAGGUAAUGCCAUUGCUCAUAUGAAUCGAACUGGAGGGUUUUCGAGGACUCUCACUCAUUCUUCAACGGAUUGGCCCUUUUUGUUGUUGGAUUUGUUAUCACAGGCUGCUGAAAUUCAUCAUUUUCAGCCGAAGCUGGUACUUAACAAUAUUGAAGUUCUAAAGCAUGCUACUGUAGACAAUGAAUUUUCAGUCACCGGUCCACUCUAUCAUGAUAGCUUGAUAUGGAGAAUAAUUGCUUUGGGUGCUAACGAACAGUGUCUUCCUGUUAUCCUCGUCACAUCUGAUGGUUAUUAUUCAUAUGAAGCUUUCUUGGAUUUUGGAUAUAUGGAGAUAUUCAUCUCACGUGAGACCUUUGGGUGGACUCCACAAGAAGCUCAAAUGCACAUGGUCACGGACUAUUUUAGUCACUCAGAAUGGAAAGUGAUUACUGAGGUACUUGGGCCAAACCCUCGUCAUCUAUUUGAGCUUUAUGCACUUAAACAAAACAAUUAUCUGCACAAGACAACAGCAGACAGAGCUAGUACAUUCGAAGACAUUGUAGAUGCUUAUCUAGCAUAUUUGCAGAUAUCUGUCGUGAAUCCUGCGUUGGAUGGAGCAUUGGAGAUCUUGCAAAAAUUUGCAAUUGAUGUGCGUAAUGGAAAGAUUUCUGAUGACAGAUUGCGUUUUGGUGCACCUUGGAGGCAUCCACCGAAGGUUGAUGACCCUAAGUUGCGCAUGGAAUGGGCAAAGCUUCAAUUGAUGGAUUUUGUUAAAUCACUAGUCAAUGCAGACUUUGGGGUCAAUUAUCGAAUUGAAUACAGUGAAGAAAUAUUUGAUGAUCCUUCUGCUGUUGCAUUACUGCAGGUGGGGUUGCUUUAUGCUCAACGGGAUCCACCCUUCUUUCGUCCCAUAUCUAAAGGAAUUCAGAGGUGUCUAGUAAGAUGGCUUGUCCAACAGCGGAUGCAGCUCAGGUUCCCUCAGUUGAUUCAAUUUCAGUGGCACAGAAUAAUACGGGGACGUUAUUAUCGCCAUUUGAUGGUACAAUUAGACAAUAAGUACUAGGCAAAGCAUCAGAAUAGGUUUACCUUGGAAAACAACAAAGUGAGGCAAGCAUUGUUCUGAUUCCAUGGAAAGGGAAUAAUGGCUCCAAAUUUGCGCUUCAGUGGUCAAGAAGUUUCUGGCACAUUGAAUUAAUUUUUUAUGAUACGAGGCCGACAAUAUGACUAUGCUUUUGAAGUAGAAAAUUUCAAGGACCCAGCAAUUCAAAUUGAUGGAUUUCUGGGUGCAAGUUUCUAAUCUGAAGUUUAACCAAGUAUUGAACCACACUAUCAUUUGUACAAGUUAAAGCAUGUUUCUCACAAAUCACAGUGAGCUUGUGGGUUUCCAAAUAGGUUUAUUUAUAAAAAAGAAGUUCUAUAUACAGGGGAAAAUAUCUUAAUAUGGAUAUUGCCAAUCAGAUAGAUCAGGGGAAAAUAUCUUAAUAUGUUGUACAGUGAGCUGUCCAAUUUGGACAUUGUUUAUUUGAUUAGCACAUGUACUGGUUAUAACAGUAAUAAUGGUGCUUUCUGUUGAAUAAAUAAUUACUUGUGUGCAUCUUAGAUACUGAUUAUCUCCUAAUUUGCACCUUGAUUAAUUGUAAACUAUUAUACCAGUUUGCAGAAUAUACACAAAUUUCACUGUCUAUGAGGUUCAAAACCAUGCAUCCUGAUGUGGGACAUGUCUCCAAGACUGCUUCUAUUGACAUGGUACUCCCAAGGAAACUUAUAAAACAAAUUUCAGGAGUGUUAUCUUGGAUUAAAUACUAUAAUAAUAAAGUUCUUCUGUUGACAAACAGAAGAUUCAGUGUUGGAUGUUGGUAUGUAGUUGAUUUUUACGACUCAGGUGCUUUGUGGGAUCAGAUCUCUCUCCUCAACUACUGUGAUGACCUUAGUAAUUGCAAAAUAAAAAAAAAAGGUGCAUUUUUUUGCUUAAAAUAUGGUAAAUAAUUCAUGAAAAUUGUUAAUUUUUACCAUUUGCUUUAACAAAUUAAAUGAUUUUGGGUUGAUGUGAAAUUUUAUA